UCUUUUACAAACCCCACAACUUUGUUCUCUUCUCUGCAAUUCGUUCAAUCUUUUUCUGAGCAAAGCAUUCAACUUUUGGCAUUUUUAGGUUAUCUUGAAUCCGAUUAUCAAUGGAGACCCCAUCGUCCACCAGAAGAGUAAUAACAAGAUCACAGACUUUAUCUGCUUCCAAUGAUGCUCUCAUCACAGUUUUCAGUGAGUGAUUUUUUCUCUUACAAUUUCAAUUUUUCUUUCUCCAAACUCACCCAAAACAACAUUACUCGUUUGUCUUUUGCAGGAAAUAUUGAAGAUUCCGAAAAGAACACAUCAAAGUCAAAAACAAGGGUGCAACAACAACAAGAUCAAUCAGCACUAAUAGACAUAACAAAUGAUUCUCCAAUCGCGGGGCUUGCGAAUGGGGUAAUUCUUGGUACCCCAUUGGCGAAGCAGAGAAGAAGCAAAAUGAAGAACACUCCAGGGUCUGGGGAAGCCUUGCUGAGGGGACAAGUGAAGACCCUUUUGCUUAAGGUGGAAGAAGAGGUCGAGCUUUCCAAGUUCUCGCUUGAAAGCAUGGAACUUGUUGCACCAAUGCCCGUGAAUACGCCUCAAUUUCAGAAUCUUUCUGGUUUGGCUUCAGUUACCAACCCUUCUGUUGUUCUCAAAAACCCACUAAUUCCUCAGGUGGUGAAUCAUGUAUUUGAUGGUUCUGAAUCUGAAAAGAGUGUAAUAAGCAGGUCCCUUUUAUUUGACUUCUCAGAGAAAUCUCAACUUUCGAAUGCAUCAGAAGAAUUUUUCUCUGCGCUGAGUUAUGAGGAACUAGUACAAGCUGGAAAGGAAAUUAGUAGCUGCUGCAUAGAAGGUGAUGAUGCUUCUAUCUGGUCAAUGCAGGUCAAUGCAAGCACCCAUGAUGAAGAAGAAGAUGAUGAGGUUACAACUGCAUACGAAGAAGAUUGUUGUGAGGAUGUUGAAGGAGAAGAAGAAAAGGAAGAGUAUGAUGAAGGAGGUUUGCUGCUUGAUGAACUGUGUGAAGGGUUGAACAACAUUAGCAUGAAUGAAAGGAUAGCUCCAAAAUUUGAAGGAAAGCACACAAGAUUUGUUUACAACAGUGAUGAUGAGAUUGUGAAAGAAGAGGUGGAAGAGAACUUUGGUGAGAGUGCUUCUUCAACUAAGAUAUUGCGUUUGAAAGGAUUGCCGACUCCAAAAGGGAAACACUUACGCUUUUAUGAGGAAGAGGAUGGAAAAUCUGCUUUGUGAUUCCUAGAUAGACUUUUUGGCAUAUUUGUGAAUGCUCUAAAAUAAUGGUCAUUUAAAGUUUUUGUUUCUUUUGGUCCCGACAGAGUUCACUAGUAGAUUCUUUGGAUUUUUUGUUCGAGAAAUGAAAAACGAGUGACCACACAAUUUAGUGGUCAAAAUAAAACGUUCAUCUGUUUGUAUUUUUAUGAAACUAUUUUGUACUAAAUGCAUUCAACUUAUUUUUUUAGAGAUAA